ACUCUCUCUCCCGUUUCCGACGUUCAGUCGCACCCUUGCCUCGCGCACGGCGCGCACUCCGCACGCCUUCGCACGUCGACACGCGCCGGAAACCCGGCAAAGGGAGAGACCGUACGCCCGCAACCACCGACGGACGGCAGCCAGCGAGGAAGAAGGCUCCGCGAUAAGUGAUAAGUGAUAUACGAAGCUCGUGAGAGAUCAAGAAUGAGGCUCCUCCUGGCAGUCGCCCUGGGUUUCCUCCUUCAGGCGUGGGUCGUGUCCUGUGGGACGAGACCCAGCUUUGUUUCCGAUCAGAUGAUCGCGACCGCAGCGAGUGUCGUGAACGCCUGCCAAACGCAAACGGGAGUUGCCACAGCCGACAUAGAAGCGGUAAGAAACGGUCAAUGGCCGGAAACACGUCAAUUGAAGUGUUAUAUGUAUUGCCUCUGGGAACAAUUCGGUCUGGUCGACGACAAGAGAGAGCUAAGUCUGAACGGGAUGCUGACGUUCUUCCAGAGAAUACCCGCCUACAGAGCCGAGGUCGAGAAAGCGAUCAGCGAGUGCAAGGGGCUCGGUAACUAUUUGGCGAAGGGUGAUAAUUGCGAGUACGCGUACACGUUCAACAAGUGUUACGCGGAGCUGUCUCCGAGGACUUACUAUCUAUUCUAACGCGCCGCGGGAGGACGACAGUGAGAAGACCAAGAACAAAAUGCUCAAGAUACAAUUCCGCCGAAUGUGUUGAGAUGUUUUUACGUUUAAACCACUUUCCACUUUAUCAUGUAAUUGCCGUAUUGCGUAAACCGUAUACGAUGUGUCGAUGAAAUAAAGAGUUCAGCGAUCUAAUCGA